AGGUGAUAGAAACUUUGUGCGGUUUGGAUGCACUUGAAAUCGUCAAUCUUCUGAAGAUACGUGACCAGAAAACUCGACAAGUGGUAACUGAGCUUAAGCGUAAACUUCGAGACGAAGUUUGUGGCAGUUUCACGCUGAAACGUUUCCCAGAACUGGCGGGUGAUGCCGAAAAAGUGGUGAUAGUCGACUAUCAGCCAGGGUUUGAUCCUGACCUGAUCUCGAAAUGGAAGGGGCGUCGGCUGUUGCAAAAACGACCACGUCCUGCCAAUCAAUAAUGACAGUGAUCUAUGCUCUUGUUUCAGCAUCGGUUUGUUUUUCUUCAUUUUCAAAGCUAGCGGUAUUUCCGCAAGUGAGAGUUUUUCCAGAUUUUCGUACGCCGAAUUUUUUUUUAUGCUGUUUGGAGCGUUCGGAAACAAGUCUUACGGGUUUUCUUUUGAAAUUUCAUUAAAGCUUUGUGAUUUGGAUGAAGAGAAACCAAACUUUUUUUUAUUUAUUGCAGGGGAAGUUGAUAUUAAAAAAUAAUGGAAAUGCAGCGAAUGUUCGUGAGUGAGACAGAGUUGGAGGAGAAGCGGAAGAAGAGGCAGGAAGAGUGGACUAAGGUCCGGACUUCCGAUCAGCCAGAGGAAAACCUCGUUCGAGGAAUCGAUGACGACGAAUCGGAUUUCCUCGGGACUGUCGACGAAAUGAAGGAGAAGAUUAUCAGGGAGAAGGAGUUGGAAGAGCAGCGAGAACUCAAGGAAUUUCACAUAUCCUUUUCACGAUAUCAUACUCUUGCGAUUAUCGAAUGCGCGGAAAGAAAGUGUAGGCGAAGAGGCAAGCUGAUUGAAGAAGAAGAUGCGACGAGAGCGAAUGGAGUUGCAACAGUUGCCAAACCGACUGUGGCACCGAAAAAGAGCCAACAACAUCAACUGAUUCUCAAGGGAGUCAAGCGCAAAGCUGCACCAGAAGCUCCUGAAGAAGAGGUUGACAAUCGAAGCCUUUACGAUCGAUUGCAGGAACAGAAAAUACGAAAGCAGGAGGAAUUCGACGAGGCGCGCAAGCUCAAAGAAAGACCGGACGAAGUGACGAAGCCGUGUCGUAUGGUGUUGCCAGGGAUGGAUUGCUACGAAGCGUCGUCCAGUGACGACAGCGACAGCGAACGGGAUGACAGUCUUGAUGAGGAAUAUUGUGGACACCCGAAAACAAAUUACUUUGUGAGUCCAUUCCCUGAAAUGAAGAAAAAGACCUCUAUUUCCUGCGCGGCGAAAGAUUCGAUUAUCUUGCGUCAUGCUCAAAGCGAUGUGAUGGAUGAGCAUUAUGAUGAUGAUGGUUUUUCCGAAGAAACCAUGAUCAGUUCGAAAGAAGGUGUACCUGACAAAAGUCAAUCGCCGCCUCUGAACGGCAUCGAAGAUGACGAGGAUUCGUCGGCUUCGAAUGAUUACUCGGAUAUCAGAACUGUCAAUGAUAUCAUCAGCAAGGUGUAUUUCCCGAAAUAUUUGAAAUGGCGUGGGAAGUGUCUUUGCCGAACGUCGUUGCUCGACCAGAGAAAGUCCAAGCAGAAGCAAUGCGAAGCCUGGGAUGACGUCAGUUGUGUUACUCUCCGUUGCACCUCCAUGUCAACGAUCGUCAAUGCUCGUUCUUCGCGAACACACGCCGUAAAAGCUUUGUGCAAGAAUCAUUUUGCCCGCCUGAAAGCUCAUGAAUGCUGUCCUUUCUGCGAUUCUUUCUGCACCCAGGGAACCUUCCUGGUCUGUUCAGAAGUGAGAGAAGAGUUUCAUUUCUUCCAUGCCAUCUGUGCCUUGAAGUUUUACCACGGCAAUCGCAGCUCUGUCGUGUGUCCGCAUUGCGAUCAUCAGCCGAAUUUGGGAUUCCAUGAAUGGACCAAACGUCUCAUUUUAGAUUCGCUCUCCGAUUAUCCGAAGAAUCACCGGAUACACGUUCGUCUCCCGAAAGAGGAUGAGAAGGUGAUACAACCGAGAGGAACGAGGGCUCGGAAACGACCAGGGAAGUCUUUCAAGGAACUUUUGAACUCUUGGGACGAAGAGAAGAUGGAUCGAGUUAUGAAGAAAAUUUCUUCCGAGCGAUUCCGUCCCUCGUUUAACUUGUACGAAGCGUGUCUUUUCGGAGAUAUUAAAUCUCUCGUCUGGCUUUUGAAUAACGGCGCAAUUGCGAAUGAAGUGUAUCCAGAUCGGAAAAAUCGUCGCCCUGCUCACGCGGCUGCUUUUGGCGACCAAUUGGCAGUCCUAGUCAUUCUGCACAAUGCGAACGCCGAUUUGAAUGCCCAAGACGAAGAGUCCAUGACACCGAUGAUGUGCGCUGCUCGGAAGAACUUGUACAACGUUGUCGAGUUUCUCCUCAGGAAGAAUGUUUCUCCUUACACAAAGGACGAGUUGGGUAAAACUGCUCUUCAUAUCGCGGCAGAAUCAAAUUCUUUUGAGGUUGUCAAAACGCUGGUGGAGUUCUCGCCGAAACCCAAGAGAUUGAUUGAUAUGACGGACAACGGUUCUUUCACAGCCUUGAAUUAUGCUGUGGAUUCAUCGCUUGUCCAAAUAGUCGAGUACUUGUUGGCAAACGGGGCAGACCCAAAUAUUCCCGACGAGGAAGGCAACAGGUUGAUACAUUGGUGUGCCUUUUACGGUUCCGUCGAAAUGCUGGAAUCGGCGCUCGAAACCCGUUGCGAUAUCAACGUUCAGAACAAGAAAGGAGACACUCCGUUGCAUCUCGCAGCCAGGUGUAUGCAUUACGAAUGCGUGGACCUUCUCAUUAGUCGCGGGGCAAAUUUGGACCUUCGGAAUUGCAAGGGAUCGACCCCUCGGGAAACCGUGGGAAAUGAUCGGAUGUGUUCUUUGUCGGGUUUGUUGGGUCUCACUGAGGUGCUGAGUUCGGAUGCUGUGGAUUUGCGGAAAGAUGAAGAUGUUGGAAAUGCUUUAGUGAGUGCGGAUCAUCCCGUGCCUUCGGUUUCUUGCAAUGCCGUGCAGAUGUUUUCGCUUGAGGACAUCAGCUGUGGCCGAGAACGUGUUCGCAUUCCGUGGAUUAACGAGGAGGACGAUGAAGAAUUUCCGAGUCAAUCAUUCACAUACAUAUGUUUGUGCGAGGAUGUGUGCUCUGAAAAAUGUCCUUGCGUCGUAAAAGUGUUCGAGGAUUCGACGGAAAAGAAAGUUGUGGGCAUGCAUACGUUGGAUGCUGAUGGACGGUGUUCUGAAGAUGUUGUGUUGGAUCGAGAUGGAGCUUACCUUGUGGAAUGUAGGCCUUCCUGCAAUUGCGAUCCGAUCCUAUGCAAUAACAAACUUGUACACACCGAGCUCAGAAAUAAAGUCCAAAUAUUCAAGACGAAAUUCAAAGAUUGGGGAUUGCGUGCUGGUGAGGACAUUCGAUCUCGAACCUUCGUUUGCCCGUACGCCGGAGAAUGCGUGAUGAAAGAAGACGCCUUGAAACGAUGUGAUCUCACGUAUACGUUGCAGUUUGCGAACGAGAAAUUUUUGUGGAUCGACGCGAAAGAAUUCGGCAAUGUGGCUAGGUUUAUUAAUCAUUCCUGUGAACCGAAUUUGAUGGUGAUCCCGGUUCUCCGGGGAAGUGGAAUGGUGAAAUUUGUUGCUGGGCUCUUUGCCUUGAGGGAUAUCCGAGCCGGAGAAGAGCUUACGAUGGACUACGGCAGCCAUGUUCUGGAGCAGCGGGAUUUUGAAUGUCAAUGCGGAUCUCGUUCAUGUGUAUCUCUGAGAGAACUCUUGCCCGACGCGAAUUCUUCCUGAAGACGAAUUUCGACCUAACGUCGUUACGUUGCUGGGGAAACGUCCGAUCGAUUCGAAUUUUUUUCGUUCACGUCCAUGCGUUUGGUGCUGGAUUCUGAUCAGUUUUAUCUGCUCUCUUCUGUUUUUUUGAAUUUCUGUAAAGUAUCUGAAAUGUUUUCGGAAAACGAUGGUCAGUCGUCCGGUUUUAUUGCGCAGGAGAUGAUUUUGAGUAAUUUUAGUCAUGAACGAAUGUCGCGAUGAA